AUGAGGCUAAUCAAUACAAGAACCUUGAAGCUCCAACAGUUCCUUGGCAAGCCGCCACCUUAUGCCAUUUUAUCCCAUACUUGGGGCCAAGAGGAGGUGUCUUUUCAAGAUUUCCAAUCACCAGAACGGCGAGAAAGGCUAGCUGGAUUCUCUAAAAUUAAUGCAACUUGCAAGAAAGCAUAUAGUCAUGGCCUGGACUACGCUUGGGUUGAUACAUGCUGCAUCGAUAAAACCAGCAGUGCAGAGCUUAGCGAAUCAAUUAAUUCCAUGUUCAAGUGGUACAAAAACUCAGCAAUCGCCUACGCAUUCUUAGAAGAUUACCCAUCUCCAAACCGAUGGUUUACUCGAGGCUGGACUUUGCAGGAGCUCAUUGCACCCGAGCAACUUGAAUUCUAUAAUAGGUCAUGGGAUAAGGUUGCAGAAAAGACAGCCAUUGCAAAGGAACUUGCGGUGAUCACGGGGAUUGAUGCUUUUGUUCUCGACGGCUCGGCCCCCCUGCAACAGGUCAGCGUAGGACGGCGUCUAAGUUGGGCUGCCAAUAGAGAAACAACUCGGGAGGAAGAUCUUGCAUAUUGCCUAUUCGGACUCUUUGAUGUUAAUAUGCCUCUAAUCUACGGGGAAGGGGGGAAGGCUUUUCUUCGACUACAGGAACAUAUUCUUCAACAAUCUGACGAUCAUACCAUCUUCGCCUGGGAUUUUCACAAUUUUGCGAAUGGAUCAUGGCGCGGGGGACUGCCGGAAUACAAAAUUCACUCCAGAUUCGACAGGUUGGUCCGUGUCUGGGGAUCCAACGUACCGCAAGAUCCGAUCACGAUGUCCAACAAAGGGAUUCAUAUUACUUCUCUCGUCAAAGACCUUCGACAACCUUGGGCUUCUGGGGACCUUGUGAUAUUACUGCUCAACUGUUGUUUUGACGCAAAUCCCUCAGCUACUGCAGGCAUAUAUCUCAAGCGCCUCGGCUCAGACCGAUAUGCUCGAGUCCGAGGAAGUGAACUAGCUAGAGUCCAUUCCGACUCUAAUACUACGCUGGCUUCUAUAUGCGGAAUUAAAAGCACCUCGGAUAUCGCUGGGCUCUAUUUUGAAGAGCCUUGCACUACGACGGCAAGAGUGAUCGAGGAGUACCUUGAGGAAGAGAAAUCUCAAAUGGGAUCUGGAUCAGUCAGAAAACGCUAUCAAAAUGCUUUUUAUUUGAAACGAAACCUUCUUCAAGGCAGCGGACUGUUCCAAGGAUCCCAGCUUCGUCAGAUGCUGAUUAUGGAUUCACAGAAGAUCUGGCGCUCAUUUCGAUUCGACGCCAAAAGGCACGAUGGCGAUCUUGUCAUUAAAACACACCCAAACUUCAAAGCGAUGUUGGUGUUUGAGUCUCAUAGACACAAGACAUCAUUUGUUCUCUUUUUGGUAACUAGAAUAAACAACGGGAAUUACGAAUAUGACGUUGAUGCAGUCUCCCUCACUCUCAAGGAUGCGAGAGAGUGGCACCAGAAUCUCUCCACAGUGGAAGAGUUUAUACAGACAAAGAUAAGGUUUCAAGCUCGUCAGACGACCCCAAACAUCAAAGUAUCGCUGUCUCCAGUCAAUAUAUAUGGAGUCAAUAUGCAAAGUAUCGAAAUACCACAGCCGUCAUUCAUUGCCUUUCGUGGUCGGCCAUCUGGAAAUAUCUUUAAAGCUGUCUAUCUAGUUUCAUUACUUGUCUUCCCCAUCGGAAUGUUUAACAUGGUUUUUUAA